GGGGGGGGGGGGGGGGGGUGUGCCGAUGAAUAGUGUCCGGGUGAGGAGUGACGGCGACGGCGGGGGCUUCACUGAACAGUUGAAGGAUGGGCAAUACAAGCAGCGAGCGGGCGGCGCUGGAGCGGCAGGGGGGACACAAGACCCCUCGAAGAGACAGCACCGGCAGCGGCAUUCACACCAAAGAGCACGACCGUCCGAAGAUUCUGAUGGACAGUCCUGAAGAUGCGGACAUCUUUCAUGCUGAGGAGAUCAAAGAUCUGGGCCCAAUGGAGAAGGAUGAGUUCUUUGCUUGGCAACAGGACCUGGAAGUGAAUGACAAGAUUUCCAAGCAGGCUCGCCCGACUGUGUUCCGGUGGAAAGGGGGCGGGAAGGAAGUCUUUAUCUCUGGAUCCUUCAACGGUUGGACCAACAAAAUCCCACUCACCAGAAGUCAGAAUAACUUUGUGGCAAUUCUGGAUCUUCCUGAGGGUGAACAUCAGUACAAGUUCUAUGUGGAUGGUCACUGGACUCACGAUUCAUCAGAGCCCGUCACCACCAGCCAGCUGGGCACAAUCAACAACGUCAUCCAGGUGCGGCAGACCGACUUCGAGGUGUUUGAUGCCCUGAUGGUGGAUUCGCAGAAAUGCUCGGACAUGUCCGAUCUCUCGAGCUCUCCACCUGGCCCAUACCAUCAGGAUCCAUAUGUGUACAAACCCGAGGAGAAGAUUAAAACGCCGCCGAUAUUGCCACCGCACCUCCUGCAGGUCAUCCUCAACAAGGACACGGGCAUUUCAUGUGACCCUGCAUUGCUACCGGAGCCAAACCACGUCAUGUUGAACCAUCUGUACGCUCUGUCCAUCAAGGAUGGUGUCAUGGUACUGAGCGCCACCCAUCGCUACAAGAAGAAAUAUGUCACCACCCUCCUCUACAAACCCAUAUGAUCUGCACAAAAGCCGCUCCAUUCCCCCCCAUCCGAUCAGGAAGCUUCAUUUUCAGCAGCAAGAACUCAUUUGCAGUCAUUGUCCUGGACUUGCUAAGAAGGAUCUUGAUGUGACUGAGUGGAACAGCAACUGCAGGGGUCCCGGUGAAUCUGUCCCUGCAAAGCUGACGGUCUGUCCCCGCUUUCUGAUUCAAAACAGGGAUAUCCACAAUCGACAGCCAGGUAAAGUGCCUCUGACUGUCCCUCACUGCCAGAGAGGCUCCAAAACAAAUCCCCCGCCACAAAGUCAUUCCUUGCUAAGGCACGUCCAACCCCAUUCCAUUAGUGCACAGAUGUACUUGCAUUGAGUUGAAGGGAGAGUGCUCUGUUUGUUUGUGACACAGACUGGAAUCGGUGUGUGUCAGAGAAUCACGGUGCUCCUCUCUUCCCCGCCUUCUUCUUCCACAAUUCUCACCAAGGAAACACUAUCGGGGGGGGGGGGGGGGGGGAACUGAUAUAUAAAUGGAGCUCUGAUUAGAUUGGGGAAAUCCCCCGAUAAUGAAAAUAAGGGAUCAAAAAAAAAAGAACACAAAUUUCAAUGUGGUUGAAAACCGGCUGGAAUAUCACGAUUCUUCAUGUCUGUGCCUCUCACAAUAAUCGGCCACUCUGCAUGCAAUUAGUAUAUGACAGCAACUAGAUUUCUGUGGUGUUGGAAUUUCGUGAUCGCCCUCUGUUCCAAGUGCUGAAUGGACUGCCCUGGUGCCUGCAGUGAGGCGGGGAUUCCAUGGUGUGUGCUGCAGUGUUGAUAAUCAAUCUCCAUACAAUUAUUGCGUUCACUACAUCCUGCUGAAACAUUCCCAGUUCCUGGAAGCUGCAAUAGAACAUCAGCGGCCAUAUUAUCGUCUCCUAAUUUUUAUCAAAUGCAAAUUUCCACUCCGGUAAUCCCACUUCUCUCUCUCAUUGCCCUGGGAUCUUGUCCAAGGGACCAUUCAUCAUGUUUGCACCCAAGCAGCGAGUUGGCCCUGUCUCCUUGAUCCCAGCAGGGUCUGACCACCUCCUUGUACGUCCAUUGAUUUCAGUUAGCCUGACCGUCUCUUUGAACACCCCUUUGAUCCCAGCUGGCCUGCCCAGCUCCUGUACAUCCCAUUGAUCCCAGCAAGCCUGCCCAUCCCCUGUACAACCCCAUGGAUUCCAGCUGGCCUGAUCCAGUCUAUGUUUGCAUGGUUUCCAGGGAUUCUGAAAGAAAAUAAACAACUAGCCGUUCUAUUUUGAUUUUCAUAUCCUCGGGAAUCUCCAAAUCGUUUUCCAGUUAAUGAAGACAUUUUAAAGUGUAAUGACUGCAGAAAUGUAUGAAACUUUGAAGUCGGGUUGUGCAUGGCUGAAUCCCACGAACAUCAAUGAAGCUGUUCCUUUUUUCUGACUUUGGUUAAAGGAUGAAAAAAAUCCAGCAGGGUACAAGGUGUGCUGGUAUAAAGGAGAGGAUUGGGAACAAAUACAUCCUUCCCCCGAGAGCAGAAUGAACAAAAGGCUUUUAAAGCAGCGCUGGUUUCCUUUUGUAAAUUGUAAAUUGUCCCCGGUGUGUAUAGUCCAGUGUGAAGCAAAAGAACACUCAUCUGGCAGGGCAGCACUCCCUCAGUUCUGACCGUCACAGAGCUGAAUAGAACUUGUUCUGAAGCUGCUAGAUGUGUCUGCACCUCUCUGGUCGAACGUACAGAGUAAUAAAUGUCCCUGGCCCUUCCUUAGUCAGACUGGGACAAGCUUCUCCAGCCUUUGUCCACACAUCUGCAAUCAAAAUGCCCCUCAGAACCAUCCACUUCCAUCCGCCUGGCUUUGUUCCACCAACACAAUUUUUCCAGCUUUCUCCCCACUGCUACAGUCUGAUAGCAUGGCGGUAGAGUUGCUGCCUCACAGCGCCAGAGACCCGGGUACUGUCUGUACGGAGUUUGUACGUUCUCCCAGUGACCUGCGUGGGUUUUCUCCGGGAGUUCCCGUUUCCUCCCACACUCCAAAGACGUGCGGGUUUGUGGGUUAAUUGGCUUGGUAAAAUUGUAGAUUGUCCCCAGUGUGUGUAGGUCAGUGGUAGUUUACGGGGAUCGCAGGUCGGCGUGGACUCGGUGGAACAAAGGCCCUGAUUCCACGCUGUAUCUCUAAACUAAACUAAGCUACAAUCGGUAUGACGAAAGGACUCGCCCCAAAAUGUCGCCUAUCCGUGUCGUCCAUAAAUGCUAGCUGACCCGCAGAGUUACUUCCUGUGUCCAACACAAGGUUCCAGCGUCCGCAGUUCCUUGUGCAUCCAAGUUUGGGGCCUCCUGGGUCAUCUUUGCUUCUUUAUUGUGUUGAAGGUGGUGUCAUUGCUGGUUUUUUUUCCCCUGUCCUUUUACAUAUUUCUGAGUUUGAUCUCAUCAUAGUUCAGGUAAAGUGCAUCCUAGCCUCCCCAUGACAGUGACUGCACAGAGCCCUGGUCCCUAGGGGAGGGGAACCGACCGGGCUUGGUCAGUAGGGUCCCUUGGUUUUAAUACUUUAUAAAAUGAUUCCGGGGAAAGUGAUUCCCUUGGAGAUUAAUGCGUCCAUCAACGCUUUUAGCAAUUCCAGCUUUUAAGACAACUGGGUUUUCUCUCGAUUCAGUCUCAGAAAUAUCCUGUAAAUUGAAUUUGUAUUGUCUGACAGCUCAUUGAUUGAACAGUCAUGAAUGGUGUACGUGGUUAAUCUGUAUCUGUUGCACUUGAUCGGUAAUGAUGAAUCUUUUUUAUUGGGAGCAGAUUCCCGCGGAGUUCUUUGUUUGCUGGUGUUCACCCGACAAUCAAUAAAUAUCCUGAUGAGACCUUUCAGCCCAA